AUGUCCACGUUCGGAAAACUUUUCAGAGUCACCACUUAUGGCGAAAGUCAUUGCGCCUCUGUCGGGGCAAUCAUUGACGGAUGUCCUCCACGAGACGAAAAGGAUUUGGUACAACUUCAGUCGGGUUUGGAAAUGGGUGUUACGUUGGGAACUCCCAUUGGCCUUCUCGUCAAAAACGAAGACCAAAGGCCUCAUGAUUACUCCGAGACAGAUUUGUAUCCUCGCCCAAGUCAUGCCGAUUGGACAUACCUCGAGAAGUACGGAAUCAAGGCCAGCAGCGGUGGCGGAAGAAGCAGUGCACGCGAAACAAUUGGUCGUGUCGCUGCUGGAGCUAUCGCCGAGAAGUAUCUCAAACUCGCUUAUGGAAUUGAAAUUGUCGCUUUUGUUAGCUCUGUCGGAAAGGUCCACCUUCCGUCGACUAUUUCUUCUGCUUCAACCAGUAGCGAAGAAGACGAUACUGCUCAGGACGCUCUCUCCAAAGAUUUUGUUAAUCUCCUGUCAACGAUCACUAGGGAGGAAGUGGAUAAAUACCUCACUCGCUGCCCUCACCCUGAAACUUCUGAAAAAAUGACCCAGAGGAUUAUACGCGCAAAAAACGCUCACGAUUCUAUUGGGGGAACGGUAACCUGUGUAAUUCGAAACGUUCCUUCGGGUCUUGGGGAGCCUGUUUUCGACAAGUUCGAGGCUUCUCUAGCUCAGGCCAUGCUGUCGAUACCUGCUACUAAAGCUUUCGAAGUCGGUUCGGGAUUCAAGGGUACUGAGGUUCCUGGAAGCCAACACAACGACCCCUUUGUCAAAGAUGAAGCUGGAAGACUGCGGACCACUACUAAUUGGAGCGGAGGAAUUCAAGGCGGAAUCACCAAUGGCGAACACAUAUAUUUCAGAAUUGGGUUCAAAUCGCCUGCCACCAUUUCGCAACCCCAAGAAACCGCACAAUACGACGGCACUCCUGGCUCAUUAGCUACCAGGGGUCGUCAUGAUCCUUGUGUUGUUCCUCGGGCCGUGCCUAUUGUUGAAGCUAUGGCGGCUCUUGUGGUGAUGGAUCAACUUCUCAUUCAAAAUGCGCGCAAGACUGCAGCCAGCUUACUUCCACCAAUCACCACACUCCCACCCACCAUGAUUAUUCCUAAGAAAGACAAUUAG